ACAUGGCGUCGGAAGGAGAGGCGGUUAAUGCUGCAGCCGCUGAACUAGAGACUGCCGAGGGCGAUGCUUCAUUUAGUGAAGUGCCAGUAAGCAUGGAUACAGAAUCAUCUAACGGCAAAGAGGGCAUGGACACCGGAGGGGAAGGCUCGGAGGCGGCCGACACCCAGACGGCUUCGGGGGACGAGGAGAGUGGCCGACAGCUGGGCGAGGUGGAGCUUCAGUGUGCGCUGUGUAUGAAGUGGUUCACCGCCGACACCUUCGCCAUUGACACAGCGACCUGCCUGCCCUUCAUGACCAACUACGUGUUCCACUGUAACGUGUGUCACCACAGCGGCAACACCUACUUCCUCAGGAAACAAGCCAACCUCAAGGAGAUGUGCCUGACGGCGCUGGCCAACCUAACCUGGAGAUCCAGGACCCAGGAGGAGCAUCCAAAGACCAUGUUCUCCAAAGACAAGGACAUAAUACCGUUCAUCGAUAAGAACUGGGAGUGUAUGACCACACGUCAGAGACCCGGCAAGCUGACCUGGCCAAACAACAUUGUGAAGACCAUGAGUAAAGAGCGGGACGUGUUCCUAGUGAAGGAGCACCCGGACCCCGGCAGCAAAGACCCAGAGGAGGAGUACCCCAAGUUCGGGCUCUUGGACCAGGACCUGGGAACCAUCGGGCCGUCCUACGACACACAGAAGCAAACCACCGCUGCCCCAACCGCGGCUGGACUCAACGGUGGAUCUGCUUUCUCAGGUGCCUUGGCCCCUGGCCCCGGGAAAGGCAGAGGGGCCAAGCGUAAGCAGCAGCAGCAGCAGGAGGGGGCGACUGCAGGGGCCACCAAGAGAACACGCAGCGACCCCCUGUUCUCGGCCCAGCGCCUGCCUCCGCAUGGCUACCCGCUGGAGCACCCCUUCAACAAGGACGGCUACCGCUACAUCCUGGCCGAGCCGGACCCCCACGCCCCCGACCCAGAGAAGCUGGAGCUGGACUGCUGGGCGGGGAAGCCCAUCCCCGGAGACCUGUACCGGGCCUGUCUGUACGAGAGGGUGCUGCUGGCGCUGCACGACAGAGCUCCGCAGUUGAAGAUCUCUGACGACCGGCUGACGGUGACCGGGGAGAAGGGUUACUCCAUGGUGCGGGCGUCCCACGGCGUGCGGAAAGGCUCCUGGUACUUUGAGGUGUCGGUGGACGAGAUGCCCCCCGACACGGCCGCCAGGCUGGGCUGGUCGCAGCCGCUCGGUAACCUGCAGGCCCCGCUGGGCUACGAUAAGUUCAGCUACUCCUGGCGCAGCAAGAAGGGCACCCGCUUCCACCAGUCCAUGGGCAAGCACUACUCCUCGGGCUACGCCCAGGGGGACACGCUGGGCUUCUUCAUCGAGCUGCCCGACGGAACCCAGACCGCCAAGGCCCUGCCCGACACCUACAAGGACAAGGCUCUGAUCAAGUUCAAGAGCUACCUGUACUUCGAGGAGAAGGACUACGUGGAUAAGGCCGAGAAGAGUCUCAAGACCAUCACCCCCAGCCGGAUGGUGUUCUACAAGAACGGGGUGAGCCAAGGAGUGGCGUACGAAAACCUGUUUGAAGGCCUCUAUUUCCCCGCCAUCUCACUCUACAAGAGCUGCCAGGUGUCUGUCAAUUUCGGGCCAAACUUCAAACACCCUCCUAAAGACCUCAAAUACCAACCGAUGAGUGACAUGGGCUGGGGGGCCGUGAUCGAGCACACGCUGGCAGACAUGCUGUACCACGUGGAGACGGACGUGGACGGCCGCCGCAGCCCCCCGUGGGAGGGCUGAGACCCCCCCCCCCCCCCCUCCCCCUUCUCCCACACCCAGUCAUACUCGACGUCCAACCCAAAAUCACCAAAAAGGUUUUGGUGUUUUCUUUUUGCUAGACAUGUUGUUCUUUACUUUUAUGCGUCCCCCGCUGUUUUAAGACAUUCUCGCGUGGUUUCAGGUCGGCUGCCAUGUGACGAUCUCUGGUUGUACGGUUUUAGCCGGCUGAGGUCACUUCCAUUUUUUUUAAAAACAUCUAUUCCUCUCUGGAGUGAUUCCACUCCGUUGGAGACUAGGGGCCUUUUGAUUGUUUUAGUUCCUUGCAGUCGUUGUUUUGUUAUAUUCUGGGUUAAAUAAAGUUUAUAUAUGUGA